GAAAAGGUCAAGCUCCAGCAAGAAUGGAUCUCGGACUUGUCCGACCAGAACGAAAUGCUUGUGAGAGCUGUGGAAGAACUAGAACACGAAGCCACCGAAAGAGUGCGGAUUUUGGAAGAUAAAUUGCAAAAAAGUGCCCAAUGUCUUUGCGAGGUGAUGAAGAGGUACCGCGAGUAUGACGUUACCAAUAACUUACUAGCUGAACCUUUGCAGAAGAUGUUUACCUUAGAGAGCGACCAGAAGAACCUGGUGGAGUUCAUCAGGAGGGUCCGGGAAGAGCAGAAGUGGAGCGUGGGCGGACUCAAGUUCUUCGAUAUUACCUACAAGGACUUAUUCGGGUCCGCGAAGUCGGAGGGGGACUAUUGUGACGUAAAAUGUAAAGAUGAGUGUCCCAUCAAAAGCCCUGCCAAGGAGCAGGAGAAGUUAAAAAUCAGGGAAAGCUCAAUCAAGGAACUGGAGGUGCAAAUCGACUACUUCAAGUCCUUCGGUGACGUGGAAGGCAUGGCGAAGGAGCUCAAAUGCAAAAGGGCUGAAUGUGAGAAUCUCAAAACGAGUAUGACGGACAGUCAGCAAGCUUUGGUGGAGGAGAUUGCCUCGAAGCACGACCAAAUAAUGCAGCUGAGGAGGGACUGCCAGCAGCUGGAGGAGAGGUGCAUACAGGCGGACAAACAGACGGCUUUCAGGGACGAUAUCAUCAAGGAGCUGAGGAAGGAGAUCAAGCAGCUGAAACAACAGCUGACUCAGGAGGAGGUCGUGAAACUAAAAUGUACGAUCGACGACCUCCAGAUGAACCUGCAGAAAACACAGGAAGUGAGGGAAGAAGAAGAAGCGAGGAAUCAAGCAAACUUGUUGAAGUUGAAGAACACCAUCCAUUCGCUGAAGUCUGCACUCGAAGAAGCCGAAGCGAAGUAUGAGAAAGACGUCAAGGCUUGCAAGAUUUGUAAAAGGCGUUCUAAAGUUGGAUUUUUAGAAAACGUAGAGGUCCAGGUCCAAUUUGAUGAGGAGCAAUUAGAGAAACAAAUGGAAGCGCUCGAGAACAAGGAAGAAAUAAUUAAGGUUCAGGGCAACACUUUGGACUUGAUGCAGCAGGAGUUGCUGGCGCUGAAGCAGGCGGAGUUUGAGGUUAGGAAGGACAGGGACAAGAUGUGCCAGGAGAUGCAGUCGUUGAGGGAGAAGGUCGCCGAUUUGGAGAACGAGUUGAAGAAUUCGGAGGAGAAGGCCGCUAAUUUGCAGAUGGCUGUGGAUUUAUACUUAAAUUCUAUCAACGUGCUGGAAGCGUCCCAGGAAAAGUAUAAGAUGGAGAUCGACCACCAGAAAUGCACGAUAUUCAACUUGCAGAAGGUCCUGGUGACCACCAAGCAGGAACUGGACGAAUUGAAACAUAAGUCCGAGGAAAACCAACAACAGCAACAGGCGCUCGUCGAUUGUUUCAACGCGGUUCUAUCCGACAUGGAGCAUACGAAAGACAACCUAGUGCAACAGUACGAAUGCGUGUCGGGGGAAUAUGGACAACUCCAAGAGCUCAAUUAUGACUUGGAAGUGGAGCAUUGCGACAGCUUGCAAGACGUUGACGUUUUGGAAAAUCAACUAUUUAAGUACCAAACGCUAUUGAGGUCGUCAGAGGACGCGAUAAAGCAAUACAAAGGCCAUAUGAGAAAGUUGUUGAAACAGAAAAAGGGCUACGAAGAAGUGAUAAGCUAUUUCAAGGAGGAGAUGACGAUAAUGGCGGACCAGUUGUGUAAUUUACAGGAAUUAUUGACCCUCUCAAAUGAGUCGACUCAAGAAGAGACCAACAAGCUGAUGCAAGCCUUCAUGAACGUGCAGUCCCUCAACGACAAGCUCUCCACGCAACUGACCGCCGCCGAGCAAAAAGUCCUGUUGGAAAAUCAGAUGAACCAGCUCCACGAGGCCAAAAUCAACGAACUCCGGCAGAUAAUCAGCGAGAGAGACCUGGACCUGUCCCGCCACGACGACGCCAUCUUGAACAUAAGGCAGACACUGAAGUGCUCCCUGAAGCAAAACGAGGAUCUCCAAGCCACCAUCAUCGCCCUACACGACACCAUAGUUCCGCUCCAGGAAGCCAUCAAGAAGUACGAGAUGGAGAACUGCAAAUCUAAAGAGAGCACCGAGAUGUGCCAAACUCAGAUAACGGCGUGCAGGGAGAAAUUGGAGGAGUUGAAGAACGCCUUGGACAGGAAGACUAGCGAGUUGUUCAAGCUGGAGAUGGCCUACAACGACCAGAAUAGGGCGUUGAAGACGGCACAGGUAGAGCUGAAGCAGAUGAAAGAUCGGCAGAAGAAUAAGCAGUGCCACAUGAAGAGCACCAUAGAGGUGUUGAGGGACAAGCUGGUGAAGGCGGAGGAGGAUUUUUCCAAGCUGAGGGACGAGUUUGCCAAGGUGCAGGCCCAGUUGACCGCCUUGGCUAGGAAGGAGGCCGUGAAAGACAUGGAGGUGAAGCGGUACAGGGGUAUUGUCGGCGAUUUGAGGAAUACUUUGAUAGAGCUGAAUAAAAGCCUCACGAACAGAGAAAUCCAAGCGCUCAAGCAUCAGGGCAAGUGCAUAAACGCCGAGUGCAGAAAGAGCAUGAACCUGUCCGGAGAAGCCAAGAAUUUGACAGACGUCUGCCUUAACUGUCCCUGCGAAGUAGAGUUUUAUCAAAGCAUCGUGGAGACUCUAAAAAAAUCCGUUAUCGACUUAAAGAGCAAACUGGCGGAGACGCAGCAGAAGAACAAACAGCUCGAGGAAGACAGCAAACGGAGGGAGGCCCAACUGGCCGAGAUCUCCAAGACGCACUCGGAAAAGGAUAAGGAGUACCACGAGCUCAGGAAGAGACUCGCGGAUAAACUGAAGCAGACCCAGGUGGAGGAGGGGCGCUACUUGGAGAUGGCGGCUCAGUUCGAAAAAGAAUUAAAUUCGGUACGGCAAGAGCUGGAGGUCAAGACCAACCAGUUAGAUGAGGUCAAGAAGAGCGCCCAGGAGAUCAACAGUUCUAGGUGUAUACAGCUGGCCUGUGCCCAGGAAGAAGUUAACAACUUGAAGGACGAGCUGAACGGGAUUCUUAGGAAGCACCGCGCUCUAAAUGCCGAGAAUGAAAAACUGCACACUCAAAGCGCCAUGAUGCAGUCCACGGUGGCCACUCUGGAAGAGAGGAGUCAGCUGCUCAAGAGCCAGUUGGAACAGUACCUCGGGGAGCUCCAGAACGUCCAGAGCGACAAGGAGGCUUUGAUGAAGAAAAAUCGGGACCUGCUCGCAGAGUUGCGCUGCAUACAGGGCUCUUAUUCCGCUGCGGACAAACACCAAAGGUAUACCACGGAGUCUGCAAAGGUUUUAGAGUCGGAAUUGAACGUCGUUCGGAAUAACCGCGACGAGAUAUGUUGUGACGUCAAAAAUGUCGUCGGUUACGUCCGGGCUUGGUUGCAAGAGCAGCGGAAAAUUAACGAGUACACUGCUAGAAGGGAGAGGGACUAUUGCAACACCAUACGCAGGUUGAGGCAGGAUUACGAGGAAAUUCAGUGCCAGAACUUGCCCCCAUGCCAGCGACCUUGCACGAGGAUGGUGACGCCUUGUCUCAAAUCUAAUUCUCCGCCGCCAAUGUGUCAAUCUCCCUGGAGUUUGGGAUCUCAGGGUACCGCUUCAGUACACGACAUCCACAGCCCCUCGAGAAGUCCCUAUCCCGACGAAAAUACCGACUGGUACUCGCCCACAUUUCGGAACGAUUCCGAAGAGGAAGAAGAAGACUGGGUUAGCAAGGUAGAGAAUCUGGCCGCCCAAGUUCGAAAGACCAACAAGAUGUGGAAGAACAAAAUGGGACAGUCGGACUACGGGGUGUCUAGAGACACCAAGAAGUAAAUUUAAAUUUUUCGUGCCAAGCAUUUAUUGUGGGUAUUAUUAGGACGCCUAUUUUUUUUAACGGUAUUAGUGUGUUAGGAAUUAUUUACGUAAUAAUAAGUAGAUAUUAAUCGUGUGAUAUCUGCCGUUUGACGGUGUACUAAAUUUUUGUUUUUUUUACAAUGUAAAUGAAUAUACACUUUUUAUAUAAUCAAUAAAUGAUCUCGAAUUAGA